UCGCAUCGUCGCGGCGGUGGAGAAAGAUCGAAGACGAAGAAGGUUGUGCAAUCGGUGGCGUUUCGAGGAUCAACUCUUCUUCAGACCACAUGUGUAACAACAAGCUCUCUCCACUUAAGUUACGCGUGGCUCAGUGAGUGUGACUUGUCUCACGUUUGUAACCCAAUAUUAAUUUUCACACGUGUUGGCCCAAAAGAUAUCAGGCCUUGGAUUAUAAUAUUAACACCAUUGAAAUUAUAUAUACUGAGUCUCUCUCCUUUAAUCUUAAUCAUCUUAUCUAAGUAACGUUUAAUUUUGGCCUCUCUUUCUUUCGAGCUUUCUUCCUCACAACGCUGCAAUGUCUUCUUCAACUCCACCGAGCCAGAUCGUCGAGCACAUCGUGUUUUUCAAAGUCAAGGACGGCGUUGACGCCGGCAGAAUCAAGUCCAUGGUCACCGACCUCAACAACCUAGCCAGCAUCGACCAGGUGCUUUACCUCUCCGCCGGUCCCAUCCGCCGUAUCAGCUCGCCCUCCGCCUUCACUCACUUCCUUCAUAGCCGUUACAGAUCCAAGGAAGAUCUCACCGCGUACGUCGACCAUCCCGACCACCUUCGCGUCGUCGAGGAAACGAUGCCGAUCUGGGAUGACAUCAUGGCCGUUGAUUGGAUCGCCGAUCAUGUCCCCGGGAACCUGACGCCGCCUCCCGGAUCGGCUGCGAAAAUCACGUUGCUCAAGGUGAAGGAGAACGUCUCCGAGCAGGCGAAGACGGAGAUUAUGGAAGCGAUCAAGGAGAAAUCUCCGGGGAUUGAUCAGAUCACUGUGGGAGAGAACUUCUCUCCGGUUAGAGCAUAUGGUUUCUCGGUUGCAUCGAUUGCGUAUUUUAAGGAUUUAGGUGAAAUGGAGGCUCACAAGGAGUUGGUGAAGGAGAAGGUUGGUGAUUAUCUCGAUGAUACCAUUGUUGUUGAGUUCGUGUCACCUUCUUCUUCUUCAUAGGCCUGUUUAAAAAAAAAAAAGCUCAGAAUUUUCAUUUUCUUGAAGACUCUUGUUGCUCUCGAUCAAUAAAAUUUGCAAAACUCCGAAUAAUUUCAGACCAAGAUUAUGAAUGUUCUUCAAUUGUUACAAGAAACAGGAACAGAGCUUAUACCAGACAUAUCCAGAUAUUGUCUGGAACAAUGACUUGUUCACAAUGGAAGCAAUUAAACCAGAUGGUGCCAUAUAAUCAAAAACUAGAUAACACACCAAACAAUAUCUUAAGUACUACUUGCAAGAAAAAACGAAUAUACAAGUGAACAAACAUUUGACAAAUCCCGAAACAUCAUCCCGGUUUAAGAGGGGAAAACGGCUCGCAGUUUGGAACUUAUUGGACAAAAAGCCACGCCUUGUUUUAUACUAUAAGUUUGGGCCUUUAAGUGGCUGGUAUUUGGGCCUUAAUAUUUUGGUUCGGUUCGGUUCGGUUUGGUUUUAUUGGGUACGGUUUUAUUUCCGUAAACCCUUAAAACCCUUUUUCUCUCCCGACAUUUACAUCUUCAUCUCUUCUAUCUAAGAAAAUCUAGCACUGAACUUGUCUUGAUUCAGGCAGAAGAAUCAAAAUCGAGAGUAGAGAGUUAUGGUGGCAGCGAAAGGAGGCGAUCGGAAGAGCGAAGGAGCUUUGGAUGACGAGAAUCUGGUCUUUGAAACGACGAAAGGGAUCAAACCCAUCACGAGUUUCGAUGACAUGGGGAUGAAUGAUAAAGUCCUUCGCGGCGUUUACGACUACGGCUUCAAGAAACCAUCUGAGAUUCAGCAGAGAGCUGUGAUGCCGAUCCUCAAAGGACGAGACGUUAUCGCUCAGGCUCAGUCCGGUACUGGGAAGACCUCCAUGAUUGCAAUCACCGUCUGCCAAAUCGUCAACACUUCCUCCAGAAAGAUUCAGGUCUUGGUCUUGUCUCCAUCAAGGGAAUUGGCUACACAAACAGAGAAGACGAUACAGGCUAUUGGAGUUCACACCAAUAUACAGGCACAUGCUUGCAUCGGCGGCAAAAGCAUUGGAGAAGACAUCAAGAAGCUGGAGCGUGGUGUCCAUGCUGUGUCCGGGACACCUGGUCGAGUCUAUGAUAUGAUAAAGAGAGGGAGCUUACAAACCAAAUCCGUGAAACUUUUGAUUCUUGAUGAAUCAGAUGAAAUGCUGAGCAAAGGUUUGAAAGACCAGAUCUAUGACGUUUACAGAUCUCUUCCACACGAUAUUCAGGUGGAUUGGCUUACUGAGAAGAUGAGGAGUAGUAACUUUAUAGUCUCGUCAAUGCAUGGAGACAAACGUCAAAAGGAGAGAGACGAAAUCAUGAACCAGUUCCGGUCUUUUAAAAGCCGUGUUCUGAUCGCUUCAGAUGUAUGGGCACGAGGCAUCGAUGUUCAAACAGUUUCUCAUGUCAUUAAUUAUGAUGUACCAAACAACCCUGAGCUCUACAUUCAUCGUAUUGGACGAGCUGGUCGUUUUGGCCGUGAAGGUGUUGCGAUUAACUUUGUGAAAAGUUCUGACAUGAAGACUCUUCGGGACAUCGAGCGGUACUAUGGUACUAAAAUCCGUGAGAUGCCUGCUGAUCUUGCCUGAGGCUGAAGAAUCAGUUUGAAGGCCAGUUUUGUUCUUUUUAAGUUCAACUUGUUUCUGUUUUUUUUUUUUUUUUUUUUCUGAACUCCAUUGGUUUAGAUUUAGGCAUAGGUCUCUACAGACAAUGUGAACUUAAAGUUGUAUACCGAAGAAUAUAUAUAUUAUUGUAACGUAUUUGACUCGAGAGGCUCAGAAGAAAUUACAGUAUGAUGCUAAUAUUCGGUUUGAUUCGGUGG